GCAAAAGGCAGCAAAGGCAAGCAGCCAGCAACCGUCCCCUCCCCCAAACAAACAACAAACAACAAGACCACGACCACCACCAACAACAACAACAGCAACAACAACACAAAAUAAGAAAGGCAUCGCCGCCGUACAAGGGUGUGCAGACACAGCAAGAAGCACGCCACCCAACACUCGAACAAAACAAGAGCAACAAUAACCACCACAGCUCCACUGCAUCUCUUUGCUUGCCAGUGUUGCCGCCAUCCCCCUCCCGCUCAAGUGUGCGUGCCGUGCACAGGCGAGCACAGGGCGUUUUGGUGAGCGUGUUUGACCCCUUUGCUCUGCCGCGUGCGUGCUCACGGCUGCGUGUGUGUCAGCAGACUGCAGGACAUGGCUAGCUCAGCAACACCAUCUCGGCAUAAGGCGCUGCGGCGCUGGAGCUCUGUGAUGCUGCUCGCUUUGGCCGCCACUGCUUGUCUCUGCUUCACGCCUGUUCAAGGUGUUGGCCCUUAUCGCCUUGAUCUGGCGGUUGACUCCACCAGCAAAGUGGUGGGAGAAGGCCUGCAGGUGCAAGUGACAGCGAAAGACAGUACCGGCGUGACUGCCACGUCGUUCGAUGCCUUUCAAAUACAGCUCGCCACCAAUGGCAGUGCGCUGCCUGCAUCGUCCACCAUUAGCAUCAGCCCGUCAAGCCCCUCGGCGUUGGUUGUGCUUGUGGAUCAACGAGCAGAGACCAUCCAGGUGUCGCUUGUGUCAACGGCCUCAACGCCUGUCGAAACCGACAUUUCUGCAACCGUCAGCGUGUCCUUCGCUCCAGGUCCGAGCCACGUGGUUGAACUGGAUGCAAGUACAACCAGCACGUCCGUGGAUGAAGUGCAGGAUGUGCUCGUUCGGGUGUAUGACCGAUACGGCAACCUUGCCAGCAGCGAAGAGAGGGACGUUGAGGUGGACGUCGCUUAUGAUGAUCUGCAGUUGGUGAAUCUUCUGACCGGGUCCAGCACCGUCGAUAUUGUCGGCGGGAAGGGGCUCUUUCGAUUCCAAGGAUCAACAGCACCUGCCCAAGCCACGCUCUCGCUUCUCGACACCUUCAACACGGGCCUGACAAUGGGUGAUGAGGUCAUAAUUGCACUGCAACCCGGAUCUGGCGUUGCUCUGCAGUUCGACCACACCAUCGCGGACCCCGUUGUUGGCACGGCUGCCUCCAUCGAAGUCGACAUCGUUGACCAAUAUGGCAACGUUGCGUUAACCACAUCAACCACGUUCACCGUCAGCGCAAAUGGCUCCGCGUCCAUCCUGGCGCAGCCGUCGGGCGGGUACGAUGCAUCCCCGUCAGCCACGGUCUCGCUUGCAAACACCAUUGCCGAGCAGGUGGAGCUGCGUUUUGCGUCCGUGGCAGAUGGGACACUCGACAUUUCAGACACGCUCCAGCUCAACUUUCAACCAUCGGCGGUGACCACGAUUGCGUUCCGGGAUCUCCCCUCCUCGCUCUCUGUGGAUGAGGAGCUUCUGCUGCAGAUGGUGGCCGAAGACCAGUUUGGAAACCUGGUGGGCAUGAGCGGGUCCGUUGCCAUCACAGCUUCGCCCGCGGCAGAGGUGCUCAGCACGCAACUGACCCUCACACAUGGACGCGCAUACGGUGCCAUGAGAGCAACGGUGCCGGACACGUAUACCCUGAGCGCAACGCUGACUGCCGCGAGUGACGGCAGUACUGUCUCCAACACCCGCCAGGUUGUCUUCACCGUUGGCCAGCCAGUUGCCCUCGACUUUGGCCAGGAGGCCUACAGCACCGAGGUCGGUACGCCAGCCACCGUGGUGGUGGAGGCUGUGGACCAGUUUGGCAACGUCGUCAACUCCGUCACGGGUUCUGCGAGCCUGACGACCAACGGCACCAACGUGCUUGGGCUCAGCACCAUCACACUGUCCAGUGGGCGCGCCUCGCUGUCGCUGGGGUCAACAGUUGCGCAGACGGCGGUGCUGGCAUUUCAAAACGCCAACCUCAACAAUGGCCUUCAGCUUGCACUCAACAGAACCGGCGCCGUCAUCUUCCAACCAGGAUCUGGAGAGAGCAUGACACUUGAGGUGCAGGAGACAAUUCUGGCUGCGGAGACGCUGCGUAUUGCAGUCACCGCGCGUGAUCGCUUCAACAACAUUGCCACAGGCGCUUCCUUCCAGGCCACAGUCUCGUUUGCGGGUGAAGCCCUCCCAUGCCAGUCAGUUGCUGGCGUGUGCCGCGUAUCCCUUGUGCCGCUCAUUGCAGGUCCCGUGACCAUUGCUGCAUCUUCGUCAAGCUUUGCCUCCGUGACAGUCCAGCGUGUGGUGCAGCCGAACGUCGCCGCUCGCCUGCGGUUUGCAGUGGAGGCGCUACCUGCCCGUACCAGCGUGGACGACCAGGUGGAGCUCCCUGUCUACGCGGAGGAUGUCGCAGGCAACCUGCAGCCAAAGUUCAACGGCACUACAGCCAUUGCAGCAUCAGCCAGCGACAUGGGUGUGGUGAACUUCUCCAGCCCCGUUACCGUCACGCGUGGUGUUGGCACAGUCAUGGUGACGAGCACGGCAGUGCAAGCAGUGCACCUGAGCUUCCAGUCGGCCUCGAACGCUGCGCUCGACAUCAGCAACACCACCGUACUCGACUUUCAGCCCGGCUAUCCCGUCCUUGCGCAGUUCUCGCUCAUGAGCAGCGGUGGCUCUGUACUCACGGUGGACGAAGCGCACACCCUGACCGUGACGCUCGUGGAUCAGUAUGGCCACGUGGCAAGCGGGUUCAAUGGCCCCUUGCCUUUGCAGAGCUCCCCACCCGUGCUUAACGUCAGCGAGGCGCUGAUUCACGAGGGCCAGGCUAUUCUGGCUGUGGGGUCAGAGGUGCCUGCUGCUGUGAGUGUGGUCCUCAACACGUCCUCUGCAGGAAUUACCGUGCCGCCGCCUGUGUCAUUCACCUUCCUGUCCGGCGCCACAGUAUCGAUUGCGCUGCGUCUUCCCAGCAACGCCUCUGUUGAUGGCGAUCCACUGCAAAUGCGCGUGCUUGCGCUGGACCAGUUCUCCAACGUGGCGACAGCAGAGCAAGGCUCAGUCCAAGUGGAUCUCACUGGAACUGGGUUGACCCCCUCAUCUGGCAGCUCGCAGUUCCAAAACGGCGUCACCACGCUGCAGUUUAGGACACAGCUGCCGCAAACCAUCACUGGGACUGCCACGGCCGCCUUGAGCGCCAAUGCGCCGUCAUCCCCAUCCAGCGCCACAACCACCGUCCAAGCAACCAUCGCUGCAGGGUCGCUGGCAAAGUUCGUUUUGAACACGACAUCUUCGGCUAUUGUUGGUCAUCCUUGGACAGCACGUGUGGUUGCGUUGGACCAGUAUGGGAACUUUGCACCUAGCUUCACGGGUGUUGCUGUGCUUCGCGCCAAUACCACAACUUGGGACGUUUCCGUUAUUGCUGGGGUUGGCGAGUUUACGUACACGUCCAACACCACCGGGGAGGUUGUGUUUGAGGUGCUCUCCAGCACACAAACCGGCGACGUCGUCGACGAUUCCAUCACAGUCACCUUCAAUCCAAGACAAACACGGAGCUUCGUGCUGCGAGGCGACAGUGAAAGCAGCGUGGAUGAUGCGGCGAGCAUUGCCUUGCUUGCCCUCGACGAAUUUGGCAACGUCAACACCGCAGAGAAUACGCGGCUGGAGGUGCUCGGGAGCGGAUCUGCAACUGGGUAUGGCCAAGUCGACGUUGUUGAUGGCCGUGGUGACUUCAGCAUUCGCAACACGCUCCCGGAGACGAUUCAGCUGCGCAUCCGGCCCAACUUCAGCCGGCCCCUUGUCGACUUUACCUCCACGCAUGACAUCGAGUUCUACCCAGGUGCCGCGGUGCUGUUCGAGGUGACCGAGUUUGCCAACUCCAUUGCGGGCGAGUAUGUGAGGAUCGAAGUGCGUGCGAGGGACCAGUUCAACAACACGGCAAUUUACGAGCAGCGCGACGUCACAAUGCAAGCCCGUGGCGGCCGAACCGGAGACAGCGUCGUGCUUCGUGACGAAGCCACAACGUACUUUGGCGACGCGCCCGUUGCCAUCACCAACGGUGUCGGCUACAUCAACGUGACGAGCUUCUCCUCCGAAAGUGUGACGCUCGAGCUCACUGCACUCCCGGGGGCAGGCAGCAUUCGCGCUGGUCCUGUGGUGACAGUGACGUUCCAGCCCGGCGCGUUGCUGCAGUGUAAUCUGCGUGCCCGCAACUACACUGCCGACACCACGCGCCCAGCCCUUCUGCACUACACCUUCAACAUGAACACGAGCGUGAUCUCGCUCACUUUUGACGAGACAAUGAAGCGGUCGAGCCUGAACCUUUCACAGCUUGUGCUGCAGAGCAUCGACGACCCAACGGAUUCUGCGCUCGAGCAACACGUGUUCCAGUCCCCGGGUACCAUCCUCAACAACAAGGAUGACCUGGAGCUGAACAUCCGCCUCAACGACUCGGAUGUCUUCCUGAUUAAACUGAAUGACCGCCUCGGUGUGUCGCGUGCAACAUCCUACAUCAGCUUUCCUCCGACAUUUGUCACGGACAUGGCUGGCAACGAGGUCGUGGAGGCUCCUCCGGCCGGAGCCAGGCGCACGGACGUGUAUGUUGCGGACACCACGCCCCCGCGCGUUGUCGACGUGGCCGUGAACAUGAGCAGUGGCGUGCUUCGCUUCGAGGUUUCCGAGCCCAUCGAUGCCAACAGCAUUGACAUUGCACAGCUCGUCAUCACAAAUGACGCCAACACGCAGGCACUGUCCGUGCAGGGCCAAGCCACGGUUGUCCCUGACAGCCUCAGCUUGGUGUUCGAGGUUGUGCUCUCGUCCGAAACAUAUGACAAUCUGCUCAGCAGCCCUCUGCUUGGAUUCAAUGCCACCACGACGCAAUUAAGCCUUGCUGCCGGGUUUGUUUCCGACAUUGCCCGGCCGACGCCCGUUGCGUCGCUGGAGGACCUCAACAUCACGCCAGGUGCCUUUGUUGGCGAUGCGGUGCUGCCGGCUCUUGCACAGGCGCAGCUCGACCUUGGCCUUGCCCGCCUGCACCUCGAGUUUUCAGAGCCCCUUGAGCUGGAUAGCAUCGACCCGACGGCGCUGCAGCUCCAGGCCAACGCCGACGGCAGCGGCAUGUCCAACUCGGACACCUCAGACCCGAUGCUCGUGUCGCGCUUCUUCCUGUCCAACGACACAGGCGUCAUUUACAUAGAUCAGCUUGGUGUGGGCACGGGCUCUGCCCACAGGAAGCGUUACGUCUCGCUGCUGCUGACGCGUGCCGAUAUGCGUGUGUUGAAGCUCAGCCAGCCCUUCUCUGCCUCUGGCCCAUAUGUUUCCUGCGCAUCAACCCUGGCCGCCGACCGUUCUGGAAACGGCGUGCAGGUCAUUCCGGCAGCACAGGGCAGCGCAGUUGCGUCCGUCCUGCCCGACGCAGUGUCGCCCCUGCUUGAGUUUGCCGUGCUGGACAUGAACGCUGGCACGCUCUUGCUUGGGUUUGAUGAUGUGAUGGAUGUGGCUGCCGUGGACGCGACCGCCAUGCGUCUGCAGAACGCGCAGUCCUCACCAACCCAGAGCUUGCAGCUGUCAGCAGCCACCACAGUGCAGGCCAACACAACGUCCGACUAUGAGCUGGUGAUUGCCCUUUCCGACAGCGACCUGAAUUUGCUCAAGGCGGAGCUGGACGGCCUCGCACUCUCCCCAGCCAACACAUUUGUGAGCCUCGGCGUUGCUGCUGCGCUAGAUGUUGCCGGCAACACCCUGGUGGCGGUUCCGGCGACCAACGCAGCCCAGGUACGCGCCGUGCUGCCAGACACAACUGCCGGACAGCUCUCUUCAUGGGCACUGAGCCUCGAGAGCGGCAAUAUUGCGUUGACCUUCUCCGAGACGGUGAACAUGAGCACGUUCGACCUCAAUGAUUUUACGCUUGUUGCAGGGGCAAGCCCCAUGCAACCGUCUGCUUCGUUGGCUUUGAACCUCGGAUCAGCGGCACAGGCCACCCAACAGACUGCAGCUCCAAAUGUGGUGCUGGUGUCCAUGGGCACGCCCCUGCUGAAUGCUCUGAAGAGCAAGACUGCCCUGUGCACCUCCGCGGGCAACUGUCGCAUCGCCUGGCCAGCGCCGUCCCUUCAGGACACCUCGCACGUUGUCUUUCAAGGCAUCGGGUGGGCACAGGCACAGGCGGCAGCCACCGUGGACGCCGAUACAACGGCACCCGCCCUGCUUGGGUUCUCGUUCUCGGUCUCCUCCGGCAUCCUGGUGCUGUCCUUCUCUGAGCCCGUCGAUGCCAGCACGCUACAGCCCACAGACAUUAUCCUGCAGGACCACGACCCCAGAGACGUGGGCACACCGCUUGAGGUGCUGGCCCUCAGCGGCGCCAGCAACAUCACAUCUCUGUUCGAGCAGCAAGCCGUGCCCACGAUCAACUAUGACGUGGAGGUGGUGAUGCUCAAGGCGGACGUCGAUGCGCUGAAGCUCAACACCCUGCUUGCCGUGAGUGCACAGACAACAUUCCUGACGCUGCGCGCAAGCGCAGUGCGCGACGUGUCGAGUAACGCCAUUGCACAGGCGCUUGGCCUGUCUGUGAGCCAAUUUGAAGCCGAUCUGGUCUCGCCCGAGCUGGUGGACGCAAAGCUGGACCUGACUUCCCGCACACUCCUGCUCUCGUUUACCGAGCCCGUGCUGGCAAGCUCCGCGGACGCCACCGCAAUCACCCUCCAGGAUGCACAGAGCAGCAGCUCCGUCUCCCACCGCCUGUCUGCGCUGACAACAACAAACACGGCCAACGGCAACCAACUGGUGUUUCAGAUUGCAGCGGACGACUUUGACACCGUCGCCCGCCUGGAAGGGCUUGCGGAGAGCAGCAGCAACGCCUUUGUCGUGGUGGAGUCAACGCUGGUGGUGGACAUGAACAGCAACUCGCUCGUGCCUGUCCCCGCUUCCUCUGCUCUCGGCGUUUCCGAGUUCACGCCCGAUUCCCAGGCGCCCGGAGCUGUGCUUGCGCGCCUCGACAUGGACGCUUUCUUGCUCACGCUGGAGUUCAACGAGACGGUCCGCACGUCCUCGCUUCGGGUGACGCACCUGACAGUGCAGUCGAGCGCAGACUCGGCUGCUGGCGCCGCCUCCAUCCCCACUUCAAGCGUGCCGCUGACAUCCGAAUGCACGGUUGUUCAGCCGCAGCGCAACAACGUGUCUGUGCAGGUUUCCUUGUCCCGUGCCGUCGUCGACGCGAUCAAGGCGCGGCCCGCUCUCGCCACGAACGCAGCUUCCGCUUGGGUCUCGCUGGCAAGCGGCGCUAUUGAGGACAUGCACGGCAACGCACUGGCGGCCGGUGCUGUUGUGGCGACUGUGGCGUAUGUUGCGGAUGCAACACAGCCUACCCUGGACGCGUUUGACUUGGACAUGGACGCCGGUCUCCUGACGCUGUCCUUUUCCGAGACGGUGAAUGGCAGCAGUGUUGUGCCGGCACGCCUGGUUGUGUACAACGGAGGUCUCUCUACCGAGCAAGCACUUGUCCAGCAGUGGCUUGCGGGCAAUGGUAGCGACAGCACCCUCGACUCUGCCCAGGUGAACCCCAGCCUGGGGCUUGUGCAGCUGAGUGGCGUGCAGACCCAGCCCAGCGUCUUCGCCGCGGUCGUGUCCCUUCCGUUGACGACAGCAGACCUGAACAACCUCAAGCAGCGCCCGUCUGUGGCCACCAAUGUCAACAACACAUUUGUGGCACUGAGCAGCGGCUUUAUUCGGGACAUGGUGCACUUGCCCGUGCUUGAAGUUGGGAGCACGCCCGCGCAGCACCUCUCUGCCUCCAGCGUCACGGCGGACGCUACCAGGCCUACCCUCUUUGCUGCCAGCCUAUCGCUGGCAAACAACAUGGGCGCGCUCUCCUUGACCUUUGAUGAGCCCGUGCAAGCGUUUGAGCUUGAUGUGACGGCAAUUGUGUUGCAGAACAGCGCCAAUGCAUCCAGCCCGUCUCCGUUGAACCCACCAGCGACCUCAUUCCAGGCGCACCGCCUCUCGGCAGGCAGCCGCGUUUCGGCCACCAACGCCAACUAUACACGCGUCGUGGACGUGGUUAUUGCAACCACUGACUUGCACGACGUGAAGCUGCUGACGGGACUUGCUGUCAACCAGGGCACAACGUACGUGCAGCUGGAUGCGGGCACCGUUGCAGACAUGUCUGAGCCGCUCCCCAACGACCUCGCACCCAUGGCAGCGGCACUGCAGGUUGCCUCGUUUGCGCAAGACAGCGCAGCGCCGUCCCUGACGUCCUUCUCCCUGGAUCUUGACUUGGAGCAGCUCACGCUCAACUUUGAUGAGCCCGUCAACGCGUCCACGUUCAAAGCCCAGGCAAUUACGCUUCAAGCAGCAGCAGGCAUCACCAGUCAGCAGCAGCACACGCUCACUGGCGGUGUUUCCAUGAGCACUAGUGGCCUGCAGCUGCUCGUCAACAUGACCAAGGAGGAUGUGGAUCAAAUCAAGCUCUAUGAGGGCUUGUGUCUUGAUAACACCACGACGUUCAUCAGCGCAUCUGCAGACCUGGUCAGGGACAUGGCAGGAAAUGCGCUCUCACCAGUGAGCAGCACUUCGGCGCUGGCUGUCGCUGGCUUUCAGCGCGACACGCGCGCGCCACGGCUCGUGUCGUUUGACCUGGAUAUGAGGCUCAACACCCUCACGCUGAGCUUCAGCGAGCCCGUGGAUGCCACGUCGCUGGUCAUCGGCGGGCUGCGGCUCAUGGCAGACUCUUCUGGCAUUGUGGCGCCAGUGUACGCCCUCUCCAGUGGUAGCAGUGCGUUGGCUGCCUCGUCCCUGGUCGAUGCGUCUUCCCUCACCGUCAACAUUGGGGCCAAUGACGCAAACACCUUGCGCGUGCGCGAGAUCGGCAACACACAGGCACGCGCUUGGCUGGCCUUGGAUGCCGGUGCCGUGCAGGACCAAGCCGGUCUGCCAGUUGUGGCUCGCCUGGCUGGCCAGACGGCCCUUCAAGCUGCCAGCUAUGUCGCAGACAAUGUCGCACCCACCAUUGUUCAAGCCAGCAUCUCCAUGCACGACGGCACCCUGACGUUGAGCUUCUCGGAGCCCAUUCGAACCACCACGCUUGAUGCCACUGCCAUUGAGCUGCAAGCGACAGGAACCGGUGGCGAAACCGUUGCACUCACGUCUGGCACGACCCUCGUGUCCGGACCUCAUGCACUGGGCCUGCUGCAGGCGACAUUCCAGAUGAGCACAGCUGAUAUCACUGCAGUUAAGGUUCGCCCAGGCCUGUGCACUUCAGCCAGCAACUGCCAUGUCAGCGUUGGUACACGCGCGCUUGGCGGGGAUAUGGUGGGCAACGCCCUGAUCAGCCAAACCGGCAUUGGCAUGAGCACUUUUACACCAGACCUCGGCCGCCCCUCUCUGCAGGGCUUCUGCCUCAACAUGGACGCGGGGGUUCUCACCCUGAGCUUUUCCGAGGUGGUCAACGUGUCCUCUGUUCUGGUUUCUUCGCUGACACUGCAGUCGGCCGCAAACGCGUCGUCGGUGACGGGGGGAGGAGACGCGCUGUCCGCCUAUCCCUUGGCGUUGUCGCUCGUGGGCAGCGUGGCUGCCAACACAUCAUCAGCUGGUGCCGGCACCGCUGAGUAUAACACGGUUCUUGAGGUGUCACUCACACACGCCGCACUCAAUGACAUGAAGGCGAUGCCUACCCUGGCUACCUCUCGCGACUCUACGUUCCUCAAGGCCACUGCCUUUACCGUUCAAGACACAAACGGCAACUGGCUGACAAGCGAGUAUGAGCAGACGGCGCUGCGCGAGGGCGACUGCCACGUGGCAGACACAACCGCCCCGCAGCUUCGCUCGUUCAACCUGGACAUGAACAACCUUGAGCUGACGCUCUCCUUCUCCGAGACUGUCAACGCCAGCAGCCUCACCAGCCGCUCUUUGAGCCUGGUCAGUUCACAGGCUGCGACACCUUCCGCCACUGUCACCCUGUUUGGUCUGGACCUGACGUAUUGGGACCAGGACCUUGUUGUCAUGGCGCUGAAUGAGACGGUGGCCAACCGGCUCAAGGCCCUACCGGCCGUCGCCUCUCAAUCCAGCAACACGUUUCUCACGGUGGACAACAGCAACGGCGUUGCUGUCAGAGAUAUGGCUGGCAACGCCAUUGUCACCAUUCCACCAGAGGCGGCCGUGCAGGUGACAAACUUCACCGCGGAUCAGAUCAAGCCCAGCGCAACGCAAUUCGUGUUCAACUUAACCAGCGGGGUGCUGGAUCUUGCUUUCGAUGAGCCCUUGAACCUGUCCACCUUCGAUCCGUCUGCGCUUGCGUUGGUGCCAGACAGCGAUGGCGGUGGCAGUGGCGUUGUUGUCUCUGUCGGUGUUGACGGCACGCCCAUCCCUGGACAGGAUGCCUAUCCAAUGGGUGUUCGGUUUGUGCUUCAGGAGCAUGUGUUGAACGAAAUCAAGCGUCGCGCUGACCUGUGUUCGCGCGAAGACAACUGCUUCUUGGUGUUUGUGUCGCCCGUCGUCAAAGACACCUCCGGGAACCCGGCACAGGACAGCUUCAACCUUACAUGUCUUCAGCUCUCGCAAGAUAUCGUAUCACCGAAUCUGGUGGCGGGGAGCCUGAACAUGACAACUGAGGUCCUUACCCUCACCUUUGACGAGACGGUCAACGCAUCCUCCUUCGAUCUCACCAGCUUGCGCCUCAGCAGCAACAGCAGCAUGGCCAGUACAAUGCAGACAAACGCCAGCAUGUACUGGUUUGCGGAGCAAGGGACGGUGCUGAGCGGAGACGGGCUUGUGAUUGAGGUGUCGCUGUCUGCGUUUGAUGUGUUUGAGAUCAAGCGGCGGACGCUGCUGUGCGUUGACGCGGCGACGUGCGACGUGUCUGUUGACAGCGGGCUGGUGCGAGACAUGAGCGGGAACGAGGUCGUGUCGACGGUUGUGAGCGGGGACGCCAUUGGGGUGACGUCGUUUGGGGCGGAUGUUGUUUCGCCCGCACUGACGGCGUUUUCGCUGGACAUGGACGCUGCCCUCCUCACCCUCACCUUCGACGAGCCCAUCAAUGCCACGAGCCUCCGUCUUGCGGAUGUGAUCCUGCAGAACAGCAACAACAGCAACACUGGCUCCGUUGUUGAACAGGUGCGCGUCGCGACCAGCGUGGCCCGGCAGGGCUCACUGAUUUCAAAGCGGGAUCCGCUCAUGCUGUCAGAUUUGAUUGAAGUGCAGCUGUCAGAGACGGAUAUGGAAGCGAUCAAGCUUGCCCGACACACUGCCGUGUCAACAGCUUUCAUAGCGCUGGGCGAGGGUGCUGUUGUCGACGCGGUCGGCAACCCUUGCGUGGAAGUUGCCACUACUGAUGCCAUGCAAGCGGACGCAUUCCAAGCAGACUCUGUGCCACCCACCUUGGAGGCCGCUGAGUUGGAUCUUGUUUCCGCCACCCUCACUCUGUCGUUCUCGGAGCCGACGGACAUUGCCACCAUUGCGCCCUCGGACAUCGUCCUCCAACAGAACAACGAGAAACAUGCGCCAGGGGAGAGUGUGAGGUUGCAAGGCGCCUCCAACGUGACGGGCGGGCCGUACGAAUUGGUGGUGUCCCUGCUCACGGAAGAUCUCCAUCGUGUGUUUGUUGAGCGGAGCCUAGCUGUGAACGCAGCCAACGUCUCUGUGGCGUUCUCGGGCGCCCUCGUCUCUGACAUGCAGGGCAUUGCUGUGGCAACGAACAACACGCCUCUGGCCGUCGCGGCAUUUACGCCGGAUACCACACGACCCGCGCUGGAGAGCUUCGCCUGGAGUGUGGACGCGGGUGUGCUGACGCUGACCUUCAGUGAGCCCAUGGACGCCAACACAACGUUCAACGCAAGCGCCAUCACACUGCAAUCGUCGGACGCUGCGCCGGUCUCUUCCUUGAGACUGGCUGGUGUGCGCGGUGUUGCUGCGCUUCCACCGCUGUUCAAGGUGGUGACAAUCACAGUGCUGGAGGACGAUCUCAAUACCGUCAAGCGCUUUACCGGCCUUGGCACCACCGUGCAGGACACGUUCCUCGCCAUGGACGAGACCGCAUGCGCGGACAUGCAUGGCAAUGCGGUGGUCACCAUCGCAAGCGACAGUGGUCUGCAAGCCGCCGCAGUCUCUGCUGAUGUGACUGCACCACAGCUGGUGGCGGCGAGCCUGAACAUGACGACUGAGGUCCUCACCCUCACCUUUGACGAGACGGUCAACGCAUCCUCCUUCGAUCUCACCAGCUUGCGCCUCAGCAGCAACAGCAGCAUGGCCAGUACAAUGCAGACAAACGCCAGCAUGUACUGGUUUGCGGAGCAAGGGACGGUGCUGAGCGGAGACGGGCUUGUGAUUGAGGUGUCGCUGUCUGCGUUUGAUGUGUUUGAGAUCAAGCGGCGGACGCUGCUGUGCGUUGACGCGGCGACGUGCGACGUGUCUGUUGACAGCGGGCUGGUGCGAGACAUGAGCGGGAACGAGGUCGUGUCGACGGUUGUGAGCGGGGACGCCAUUGGGGUGACGUCGUUUGGGGCGGAUGUUGUUUCGCCCGCACUGACGGCGUUUUCGCUGGACAUGAAUGCUGCCCUCCUCACCCUCACCUUCGACGAACCCGUGCUGCCAGCUUCCAUCAACAUCCAGAACGUGUCGCUAGCCGCCGAGGGAGCUGCUGGUUCAGUGUUGCUCGUGACCGUGGAUGGGCAAGUGAGCCUUGAUGUACAGGAUACGGAGCUCGCCGUGUUGCUGACGCGCGCUUGUGCUAAUGGCGUGAAGAGGCUGCGUCAUCUCGCCGUGAAUGCAAGCACGGCCUCCCUUGUGUAUGGGGCUUUUGUGACCGAUACAAACAACAACGCCCUGCCCACCUCCCAAGCAGCACUGGUGCGCGCAGACACCUUCGUUGCGGACGCAACGGCUCCCACAGCCAUCAACGCCAGCGUGGAUUUGGACCAGCUGCGCCUCACCAUCCUGUUUGACGAGCCUGUGGAGCCGAGCUCGCUGCGCUUGGCGAGCUUGCGCGUGCAAAACCUGGCUGCCGGCGCGAGCGUUGCUCUUCCGCAUUCGCGCGCGACAUCUGGCGUUGGGCGUCUGCUGACGGUCGCCAUUCACCAGCGCGACGCCGACGCAAUUCAGCUUGACCUUGCGCUGUGCUACAGCAGCGAUUCAUGCAGGGUGAACAUGGACCCAGCGGCCAUUACCGAUAUGCAGGGCAAUGGGAUUGCCGGUUUCUCUGCGCUGGAGCCCGCCGUCUUCGUUGAGGACCGUGUGCAGCCUGCGCUGGAAGCCGCAGCCCUGGACAUGCAGCGCGGCCUCCUACACCUCAACUUCUCGGAGGCCAUGCACUUGGGGUCGCUGGUGAGCACCGCCGUGCGUAUUGCAGAUCCGCAGUUUGCCGGCAGCAACCGCACAGACCCUGUUGUGCAGGGCAGUGUUGUGCUUUCUGCGGAUAGCGCAGUAACCAGUGAGUUUCAGGGUGUAAACGGAACGCGGGUGACCCUCGCGCUGAGUGACGGUGACAUGCACCGGCUGAAGGCGCCGCCUGCCUCGUGUAUUGUGGUUGUUGCUGAGGGAGGCAUCACAGACAUGUCGGCGAAUCCGCUGCCGGUUACCAACCUGACCAUUGGUGUGUUUACUCCUGACACCACAAGCCCAGAGAUGCUGUCAUACACCAUCAACAUGAACAACGAGACCUUGCUUCUGACAUUCAACGAGCCCGUGGAUGUGGACACGGCAGCGUGCAGUGGGGGCACAUUGCGCGCACAGGUAUCCACGAGCCUGGCUGCGGGGUCCGCAACCUACGACCUCACGGGAUGCCGGUCUGUUGUUGUGCACGAUGAUGUGCGGCUGCAGCUUGCAGUUCAGCUGACGUACGACGAUCUGCAAGCAAUUCGCCUCUUCGCCAGCCAGACGCUGUGGAAGACGGCGACCAACGCCUGGUUGAGGGUGUUUCCAUCCUUUGUGGCGGAUAUGAGCGGGAACGCGAUGGCGGAGUUUGAUCCUCUCAUCCCCGCCACGCCGUUUGUCCCGGACACAACGGGGCCGCGGCUUGUGUCAGCAGCCCUCAACCUGACGGCCGAAACUCUCCAGCUCUCCUUCUCCGAGGCCGUCACGGUGGGUACGCUUGAUGCUUCCCAGCUUCGCUUUGGCAACAGGACGGCUGCUGUGGUUGCAGCUGGGUCUGUGCUCUACCCGGCAGGGCAGCUGGACGGCGAUCAGCUGCAGCUGCAGCUUGCCGAAGCGGACCUGGACUUCCUCCUCGGGUACGGGCCGCUACUGAACACAUCCGCCCUCACGCUUUCUGUUGCUGCGCAGCUGGUUCAGGACACCUUUGGGAACCAGGCACAGCCCAGCGCCUUGCAGCUGUUUGAUGUUGUGGUGCCAGACCUGAAUCGUCCCAGCCUGGCCGCUGUCAAUGAGGUCAACCUGCACGUGGGCACGGUCACAGUCACGUUUGAUGAGCCCGUACCGCUGGAGAGCAUCAGGAGCGAGGCACUGGUGUUUGUGUUUCCAACCACAGGCAACACGGUUCAGCUGACCAGCGGAAAUGACGUGGAGUAUGUGCGCGUGUUUGGUUCCGCCGGCUGGCGCCGACACGUGCGCAUUUCACUGACGGAGGAGGAUCGCCUGGCCUUUGCCGUCCAGCUGUCCACAAACUUCACUGUGCAGGCGUCCAGCCCCUUUGCCUCCGACGUGGUUGGAAAUGCGCUGCUGUCCGUUGCGGGACUCGUGCCUGCGCUAGUAGUCGAGGAUACGCGCAACCCGCGCCUGCUUCACUUCACUGCCAACCUGGAUGCGGGGUCGUUCUCCUUCCGCUUCGACACGCCUGUCAACACAAGCACCCCGCGUGGGCCGGCAACCCUCACGGUGCAAGCGGGUGCGGACAUGAGCGCCAUUGCAUCGGACGUUGCUUCAUGGUACACCCUCGUUCAGCCCCUCGACGUGCCCCUGGGCCACCCCGCUGCUUCUUACACCGUCAAUGUCACGCUUCGGGCAGGUGAUUUGAAUGCCAUCAAGGCGCGAGACGCGCUCAUGGUGUCCCAGGCCACCACUUGGGUGUCCCUCGCAGCUGGCUUUGUGCAUGGCAUGAACCAGCAGCCGUCACAAGGCGUGCCUGCGUCCAAUGCCAUGGCUGCGUCCGCAUUCACGCAAGACACAACACCGCCAGAGUUGGUGUCGUUUGAGCUUGACCUUCACAACGGCACCGUGACGCUGGAGUUUAGUGAAACUGUGGAUGCAGCCACGCUCAACGUGAGCGCCUUGUCAAUCGCAGGUGCUCAGAGCAGCGUGGCUUCCGCCGCCCUCGCUGGCCAGGCGCCCCCGUACUUCUUUGUGCCGCUAACAACGGCAAUGAUGUCUGGAUUGGGAGCAGGCGAUGCGGAUGUUGCUGGGGGUUUGCUCAGCAGCAGCCUUGUGCCUGCGGCCAGGCUUCCAACCACGCGCGUGCAUGUGUCCCUCGGAUCCAUUGACCUCACCGCCAUCAAAACGGGCUUGUACGGAUCACCCACAGCUUCGCUCUCGUCAACGGAGCCCGCGGGCUUGCUGCGCGAGUCGGACACAGAACCCGUGGUGCUGGCUGCACUGCUGCUUGACAAUGCAAUCUUGGAUAUGGCUGCCGUUGCCAAUGCCAUGGCCGGCGCUGCAAAUGGCAACGUGGCCACGCGACAGCUGGGCAGUGACGGUGAUGGGGUUGGUUUUGUCGCGGACGCGCGCACGCCGCAGCUGGACACGCUUGCACUGGACAUGAGCGCAACUCGGGCAGAGCUGAGCCUGACCUUCUCCGAGAUUAUUGACCUCGGGUCCGUGAAUGCCACACUCAUCAGCAUGCACACAGCAAACAACAGCGUGACUGGCGCUCCGGCAUCACACGAGCUACGCCCUGGCAGUAGCGUGAUGAUACCAUCGACGGUGGAAGCCCCAUGUUGCGUUGGGCAGACGAUGGUUGUGCAGCUGUCGCUGCAGGACACGCUUGCGCUGAAAGCAAAGGGCAUAGGCGCCGAUGUCGCCGCCAGUGUCAGCUUCGGCAGCGGUAUGGUCAGAGAUGUGGCAGGCAAUGACGUGGCAGAGCGUGCCGAUGUUCCAUUGCGUGAGCUUGCCCGCGACACGACUUCGCCGCUGCUUGUGUCUGGGGCCUUCAACCUGUCGUCGGCGGUGCUGUUCUUGAGCUUCGAUGAGCCCGUGCGCUUCGAGCGCUCGCGCAUUGCCCUCGACGGCAUCACAUUGCGCGCGAGGGGUCAGUCCGUGCAACUCAACAAUGCGAGCGUCGUGGACGUGGUUGCGUCCAACCCGAGCGCUCCCCAACAGGCAUCCAUGGCAGGGUCAAUCACCCUCACGCAAGCCCGCAUGAACGAGCUCAAGCUCAAGCUUGGGCCAGACCUCGCCAGCGUCGUGGUUGACCUGCGUGCUGGCACGUUUCUGGACACGGCGCUCUUGCCCGACAACGGAAACGACGCGCAGCAGGUGAACGCGAGCGUCACCUUGGACCACGUCGCACCGCGGCUGCUCUGGUUCAACUUCAACAUGAACACUCGCCAACUGCAGCUGGUGUUUGACGAGCCAAUGCAGGCCUCCCUCGACCCGAGCCAGGGCUUUGUGGCUGGCAGUGCUGCCAUCACGGCAGGUGGUAGCGUCCCUUUGACCAACACGUCCGUUGAUCCCGCUGCCGUCGACAGCACCGUGGUGAUGCUGAAUGUUGGCGCCGCGGACCUGGAUGCCAUCAAGCUUGCAGAGGCAGUGUUCCGGAACCAGAGCACCGCGUACAUUGGCUUUUCCAGCGGCUUUGCGCAGGACCUUCAGGGCAACGCCAUCCUUGCUGCCGGCAGCGACGUUCCGCGCGUGCAGGCCAACGCAUUUGUCUCGGAUAGCGUGGAGCCGCAGCUGGUGAGGUAUGCGCUGAACAUGACGAGCGGCGCGCUGUCUCUGACCUUCAACGAGCCCGUGGACUACACCGCAUUUGACGCCGCGGCGCUUCGCUUCCACGACUCGCCCAGUUCGCCGAGCGCCAUAGUCACGCUUGGCCAGAGCAACGCUGUCGUAGUGACCAGCUCUGCCGACGCACGUGUCGUUGACACUGUCUUGGGUCUGCGCGACCUGAACCUGCUGCGCGUGAAUGACGUUGCGCUGGUGCAGAGCACCGCCUUCCUUGCCCCGCUCGCAGGGCUGGUUACUGACCAAGAGGGCUUGCCGACGCCGGCCGUUGCACCGGCCGCUGGGCUUGUGCCGUCCACGUACGCGCCAGAUGUGAGCGGCCCUGUCCUGCAGGCGUUUGCGCUGAACUUGACCAGCGCUGCGCUCCAGCUCACCUUCGACGAGCCUGUGAGGGCUGCGUGGACCAACGUGUCACAGAUCACCUUGCACAACGGGCGUGGACAGCGACAUACGCUUGGCGCACAGAGCUUUGCGUCGCAGGCAGCGGACGCCGACGCCGAGCUGCGAUCGCAGAUGGUGGUCGCGCUGUCACUGCAGGACUUGACGGCGCUCCAGCUCGACCUGAACCUGGCCGAAGACGCGGCGUCGGCCCGCAUCGAGCUGCUGGCGGGAACGCUGGUCGAUCACUCCGGUAACGGCAACGUCCCCAUCGCCAACCAGAGUGCAGCCACGUUUGUCCCAGACACGGUCCGCCCGCAGCUCGCCUCCUCCAUCCUGGACCUCUCGAACCACACGCUGGCGUUGACAUUUAACGAGCCUGUCCUUGCAGACGGUUUCAACGUCACCAGCGUGUCGUUUGUGCAGUUCAACACGAGUGGCGGGGAAGUGCGCGUGUUCCUCAGUGAGCUUAGCACCGUGAGCGUGCCUGCCUCGAUGAGCGGCCCCACCACCACGCUCAGUGUGGUUGUGGCACUGCACAUUGACGAUGUGAAUGCCAUCAAAGCCGUGUUCGACUUCUCGCCUUACAUUCUUGGAGAAGGCUCAAACGCAGUUGCGAACAUGACGUGGGUGUCGCUCGUCUCAAACACACUGGCGGACGCCGCGAACAACGUCCUGGUCCGCGUGGAGACGCCGCUCAGCGCCUACGUACCUGACGUGCGGCCGCCGCAGUUGCUGGAGGCCUGGCUAGACCUGAACAGCACAGGCUCCCUCACACUCGUCUACGAAGAGGUCGUCAUGCCAAAGCUGGUCCGCCUGCAAGACCUGUCACUUGUGGCACCGGCGGCCUUUGUGGCAGCUGCCAAUGCUUCGAGUAGCAACGAGCUUGCCGCCGUCCGCCUGAAUAGCCUGGUUCAGGUUGGCAGUGAGCGGCGAUCGCGAUACAUCCGGGCCGCGUUCGACACCGACACGCUCAAUGCGAUCAAGCUGCGCUCCUUCUGCAAGACCGGCGUGGACGACUGCGCGCUCGCGCUCUCCGCUGGCGCUGUCGUGGACGUGCAUCGCAACCCUUCCUCAGAGACAAACGAGUUUGCCGUCACAGACUUUGCCCCGGACGUGACCCGCCCGACCCUGGUGGCCUUUGACCUCGACCUUGCCAACGAUCAGAUCACAUUCACCUUUAGUGAAGCCGUUCGCGCAGGAUCGCUCGCGCCAGCCGCUGCGACCGUUCAGGCCGUCGACGACAUGUCGGAGCCGCUGGAGCUCACGUUUGCGGUCUCCCUUGGCGGCGGCGUGUUUUCUGACACGGUGUUGAAGUUUGAAGUGAUGGACGACACCGCAUUCCAGGUGCCUGUGAACCCCCGCAUUGUUCAGUGGCGCGGGGACGACACGGUGCACAUCUCGCUCACGGUCGUCGCUGGCGGCGCGUCUUUCAACGUGUCUCAGGGACACCUGUUCCAGAACGGCGCGCCAAGCUUCGGAAACGCGGCUGUGACGCAGUUGCGGAGCGGUACCGGGUUCCCCCGCUACGAUGUGCAGCUCGAGGGCAUCCAGCACGGCGUCGUUUCUGCCGACAACACGGGCCAAACCGCCUCGCAGCAGUCUGCCAGCGGCACGCGGUCCACUGACGCGUUCCUGACGGCGACUCAGUCGUCUGUCCCACACAACGGGCGCACGGGGCCAAACUCGCGCGAAAGCGUGACCUUUGCUUCGUUUUGGACCAGCGGCGAUGCGUACGGCCCGUACGCUGAGGAUGACGUGUGGGGCCUGGCACCCGAGCUCGUUGGCUCUGUUGUGUGGAGCUCCCGCGUUGCCUCCGGCAAUGGCGUUGUGCUCACGCUGAACCUGAGCCGGGCAGACAUGGACCACCUCAAGCGCAACGUCAACCUCGCAAUCGAUCCCGCAUCCACCUUUGUCUCACACACGUCAUCGCUGGUGUUGGACAUGUUUGGCAAUGCCGUGCUGCCCCUGGAAGCAGCUUCGGGGCUUCAGGCGCAGUCCUUUGCCGCAGACAGCACGCCACCGCAACUGGUUGGCUUUGCGCUGGACAUGGACGCCGAGCGCGUGUACUUGUACGUGGACGAGCUGGCGAAUGUGACGACGGUGGAUGCCAGUCAGGUUUCGUUUGUGCUGCCGGCACUGGCGGGCAGCAGCAACGCAACGACGAAGCGCGUUCAGCUUUCCGGGGCACGGUCCAUUCAGCACGACGCGCUUCGCGUUGCCGUGCACCUGCUCGAAGACGAUGUCAACCGCAUCAAGGCGGCCUUCCCGCUGGCCUCAUCCCUCAACCUCACCGCCAUGGCGCUCACCUCUGCACUGCUGGAUGACAUGGCUGGCAACGCCGUCGUUGGCGUUGGAGAGGCGGUGCCGAUCACCGCCUCCACGUACGUGCCAGACCAGACGCCACCGCGCGUGCUGUCAUUCCACGUGGACCUUGUGGCGCAAACGAUCACGCUCGAUUUCUCGGAGACGGUCGCAGCGCAGACGCUUGACCCGAGCCGCGUUGCCCUGCUUUCAGCCAACACGACGUCUGACGGCGGAGCCAUGGCACAGGUCGUUGCGUUGGGUUCGCCAAAUGUCACGUGGGACAGCGCGCUCCUCGCAACGUCGCUCACGCUGCAAUUCUCUGAGUCUGUGCUGAACGCGAUCCAGCUCAGCGAUGCCGUGGCACGUGACAGCGACAGCACCUGGUUGCGCAUCACGCCAGGGUUCAUUGCGGACACCGCGGGCAACGCGCUUGUGCAGGCCGGCACACUGCAGGUCUCCAACCUGACCGUGGACGCCGUGCCGCCCGCCCUCGUUGGCUUUAACCUCAACAUGACACAAACCAUGCUCACGCUCACGUUCUCCGAGCCGAUGCGAAGCACCUCCAUGAACCUGUCUCAGCUGGCCCUGGUCGGCAGCAGCGCUGCAGAGCGCGUGUUCACGUUGGACAGCACCGCAGCAGAUGCCACCGCCGCUACCGCCUUCUUCUUCCACGGCACACAGCAACGCAACGGGCACGUGGUGACGGUCCAACUCACCGUCGACGAUGCAAACGAGCUCAAGAACAUCACCAGCAUUGCCACGGCGCAAGGCACCAGUCUGAUUGUGGUGGCACCAGGGCUCCUCGAGGACAUGUUUGGUAACCAGGUGCAAGCGGUUUCUGCAAGCGACGCGUUUGCGGCAGACACGUUUGUGCCAGACGUGGUUGGCCCUGUCCUGGUCAGCUACAGCGUAGACAUGUCCACAACGACCGUGGCAUUCACAUUUGACGAGACGGUCAAUGCAUCCUCCCUGAUGUCCGUUGAGGCCGGCUUCGCCGCUCCCAUUGCCUGGGCCAUUACUCGCACAGCCUACAAGCUUGGCGUGAGCCCAUCUGAGCUGGCGCCGGUGCUGGAGGCCUGGGCCACGCGCAUGAUCUCCAGCCAGCCCGCGCAGGCGCCCGGUCGCGCGUCGUUUGCUGGACUGGUGGACUUUGGCGAGACGCUGGUCGUCCACCUUCACCCCGCUGUUCGACUCACGCCAAGCGGCACGCUGCAGGCGUUUGUCCUUUCCGAUGACGUGCGUGACGUUCUCGCCAUUCUUGGCGCCGCUGAUACGCAGACAAACACAACGCUCGCCAUCUCCAGCGCGUUCAUUGCCGACAUGAACCGUAAUGUGCUGCAGAACACUGCCGCCGGCACGGCGGCGUUUGGCCAACCAUCCGCUUUCACUGCAGACACCGUGUCGCCCACGGUCCUGUCCUUUGACCUCGACCUGUCCACGGGAACGCUGGAGGUGACAUUUGACGAGGCUGUCAAUAUUGCGUCGCUGCAACGCCAUGCAUUCACGCUGGUGGGCGCUGGCACUGGCGAGCAACUCCCCCUCUCGCCACUCUCUGCCACCGUGCUGCAGGCCGACACGCUCGCCCUGCUGGCAAGCAACACUACUGCGUGCACGGACACGAAUCUUGAGGACAGCGUGUUUGUGGUGAACGGCACAUUGGGGUUGAGCAGCCGGGCCGAUGCUGCCAUCAUUGCCUCGCUGCAGGACCCACAGCAUCUGCUGCAGUACAUGUAUGACCACGCAUCCUGCAACGUUGUUAUGCUGGACACGCUGUUCCGUCAGUUCCGCAUUGUCCUCGCCCGUGAUGAUAUGCUCCGCCUGAAGCACAACCAAGAGCUCCUGGAUGGCAUGUCCGCCUCCAAGCUCGUGCUGACCAAGGAAGCCAUCCAAGACUUUGCCGGAAAUGUGCUGGCCCUCAACGCGUCUGAUCCGGCAGCCACAACCGUCGCUGUGCCACUGCAGGGCUUCCGCGGGGACGCUGUUGCGCCACGGGUCCUGCUCGCGCACGUCAACUUGACCAGCAAUGUGCUGCAAGUGUGGUUUGAUGAGCCCAUGAAUGUCACCAGCCUGCGCUUGUCGCAUAUGGCAAUUGUGGACGCCACCAACGCCAGCCGCGUCGUGGAUGUGAUUGAGGCCGCGUCCCCAGCCACUGCCAGCUUCAUGGAUACGCUGGUUGAGGUAGCCGUGGACGCGGACACGGCCGCUCGCCUGAAAGCGCCGUGGUGUGUUGCCGCGCUGCGUGCGGGCCGCGCCCAGCUCGUGCUGGCAGAUGGCGCAGUCAUGGAUCGCAGCGGAAACGCCGUGCAGGCAUCGGGCAUUUACGCGCUCUUCUCCGAGGACGUUGUUGGGCCAUCCCUGGUCUCCUUUGACUUGAACAUGACCAGCGGCGAGCUGGAGCUGCAGUUUGACGAGCCCGUGCUUGCUGACACCUUGGACCUCAACGCUAUUGUCCUGCAAGGUUCGCAGAAUGAGGCACAAGCGGCCACACCGCAGCACGGCAGCGACAUUGCCUUCCGGCUCACCACCGCAGUGAGCGGGACGAACGCCGCCUCCGCUGCGGUGCUGACGGGUGACCUGCUUCGCCACGUCUCCGUGCAGCUCUCCACACCUGACAUGCACGCCAUCAAGCUUGCCCAGGACUUGGCAACGGCGACCAAUACGACAUUCCUCUCCCAUGCCGCACAGCUUGUCCGCGAUACGUCGGCCAACCCCGCACAGCCAGUCAGCAACGCGUUCGCCAUGCAGGUGACACGGUACGCGUUUGAUGUCGUUGCCCCGGCACCGCAGCCUGCAGCGCUCAACAUGAGCUUCACGGAAACAACGGCCUUGCUGACCCUUCGCUUCGACGAGCCCGUGCGCAUCUCCACGGCCAACACCACCCUGCUGUGGCUCGUGCGGCAGUCUGACCACCCCACAGACAUGGCGUCCCUGCAGCAGGCAGCGCUGUCUCCGUCUCCAGGGAACGCCACAGCCCACCAGCUCAAGGCCUCCGUCGUGCUUGUGCAGGACAACGGCUUGGAACUGCUUGUGGAGAUUGUCAAGGAGGACUUGGAUGCCAUCAAGCUGGCACAGACACUUGCCGUCGACGCUGCAACCGCGCAUCUGCUGCUGCUCUCUGGCGCAGUCCGCGACAUGGCCGGCAAUUCGGUGGCCACCGAGGUUGUGGCCGCUUCAGCCCCAUUUGUGCCCGACACCAUUGCACCAACGCUGCUGCGCUUUGACUUUGACUGGCAGAGCGCCGAGCUGGCGCUGUUCUUCAGCGAGCCCUGUGCAGCGCUGUCCCUCAACACGUCUGCGCUGCGUCUCACGGACGGCAGCAGCAACCUCACGCUGGUGCUGAGUGCCGCGCCGAGCGCCGCCGUCAACGUCACGACAGGAAACGGCAACACACAGCGCAUUGUGCUCAGUACGUCUGCCGUCAACGCGCUCAAGGCAUGGCACCCGCGCUUCGGAUCGCAGGCCGCAGACACGCAGCUGUUUGCCCCCUCCCUUUUGGCAGUGGACAUGGCCGGUAAUGCCGUGCGUGCUGUGGACUCUGCGGCAGCGCUGCAAGUGACAGACCUGAUCCUGGACACGAGCCCCCCAGAGUUGCUGAGCUUUGACAUUGUCGUGCGCACGUCUGCACUCGCGCUUCCCCCGCACGAGGGCCAGCGCGUGCCGCUGGGGCACCGUGUUGUGCGUCUGGGGUUUGACGAACCCGUCGACGCCACGACGCUCACCUUCACACAGCUGACCCUGAGCAGCCCUGGACCCUGCUCAGCGUCCUGCACGUACACGUUGACCGGCGGCCAGCUGCUAGAGACGAGCGAGCAAGAGUUGUGGGCAAGUGCGGCCCCCACGUCCCCGACCCAGCCCUGGUGGCCACGGGGUCGCGCGCAGCAGGUGGUGUCGUUUGCGCUCCUGGACCAGGACGCAGACGCCAUCGAGGAGGCCGGCCUGUUCGAGUUUGGUUUGGACCACGUCAACAUCACGCUUGGGUCGUCGCCAACAUCCUCCACGGGGGCGAUUCGCGAUGUGUUUGGUAACACCAACGGCGUGCAGACAGUCGCCGUGACUACGGCGCAAUCGGAAACGGCACCGCCCGUGCUUCGCGCGUUUAUGGUGGACAUGGACCAGUUGGCGCUCACCUUCAACUUUGAUGAGCCCGUGAACGCGACAACGGCCAACGUAACCUCACUUGUGCUUGUCAACGGCAACGGCACGUCAUCGCUGGCGCCGCACUCGCAGGUACAGUCUGUGCGCCUGACGACGACCUCCCGGAUCGAUCCCACCAUCGGCAAGCAGGUCGUCGUGCGCCUCUCCUUGUUUGAUGCCAACGCAAUCAAGGCACACACGGGCUUGUACACAUCACGAGCCACGUCGUACAUUCUCAUGGAGGCAGGCUUCAUCCUGGACCGCUCUGCAGCGCCCAACCCAAGCGCGGCGGUGGAGCCAGCAAUGCAGGCGGCAGUCUUCUUAGAAGACGCAACCUUGCCGCAGGUUCGGUUCUGGACAUUCCACAACGGCAACGGCACGCUGCAGGUGCAUUUCAAGGAGGUUGUGAAUGAGACAUCCUUCGACCCAACCCAGCUCACGCUGCAGCGCGUGGCUGACGCAAGUGUCACCGCCUCCAGCAACAACAACAGCAGCAGCAGCAGCAGCAUUGAGGCGUACACGCUCACUGCAGGGUCGAACGUGGUGGUGACAAGUGACGCGCUCGGCGCUGCAGUUCAAAACAUCACCAUUGUUCUCUCGGAGCAGGACCACGAGGCACUGCAAGUUCGCCGCAUCGUCACAGGCCGAGCCACAGCGUGGUUGGUGCACGGGGUUGCGCUUGUGCAAGACAUGAAUGGCAACUCGCCACAGCCCCGCGUCAACGGCCUGAACGCGCUGCAGGCGGCCCGCGUGGUCGCCGACCGCGUGCCGCCCUACCUCGAGCACUACACGCUCGACCUUGGCGCUGGCCGCUUGUACCUCAAGUUCUCCGAGGCCAUGUUGCUGCCUUCCCUUGACCCGUCGCUCAUCACGCUCUACGCCGGGCCUGUCCCUGAUGCGGUGGCGGCCUCCGAGGCGGCGUGGGCAGCGGCUGCGUGGCAGUGGAUCCACCCGUCCACGUACGCGCACCUGUACGGCGAAAACCCGGAGGUGCCGCUUGUUGAGGAUCUUCCCUUCCCGCCACACCUGUUUGAACUUGGGUUCCCUGCCGCUGGUUCCCUGAGCAACGCCACCAACGCCCUCUUCUCCGUCUGGGAUGACCUGUUCUACUUCGGCAGCACUGCCCAGCCGCAGCUCAACACAAACUGUACGCUCGCCUGCUCCCUCAGCGGAGGAGACAGCGCGGCGUGUAGGGAUGGCUGCACAAGCGUGGCAGAGCCCGUGCAGGUGUGCUGGGCAAACUGUGCUUCAGCAUAUCCUUCCCCACUGCUCGACGCCUGCGUGCGCGGCUGCACGCUGCGGGCCGUCAGUUUCCACAAGGGCGUUGCCGCCGUGUCUGGCCGCACGUGGCAGGAGUACACGCUGGGCCAAGCAGAUGCAGCCACGAGGGUCGAGACCACCACGGAUGGCUCGGAGAUGAGCAUCGCGCUUGGAACCGCAGACAUUCGGGCGGUGCAGCUGCGCGAAGCGCUGGCCCGCUCCACCAACUCCACCCUCAUGUUUUACGUCUCCCCAAGCAUGGUGCCGUUCUCCGCCGCCGGUCUGUCCAACGCCACCAGUCAGCCCAUCACCGACACGCAGAGCAACGAGCUGUUGCCCAUCUUUGGACACGUGGCAUCCAACAUCACCCUCGAUUCCACACCGCCUCGCCUCCUCUCCUUUGAUCUGGACCUUACGCAGCGAGUGCUGUACCUCACAUUUGACGAGGUGAUGGCCCGCGCAGCUAGCCCGCAGCACGUCGCACUCCUCAGCAGCGCCAACGCGUCUGCCUCUGCCUCUGCCUCCACGGGCACGACCACGGCAGUCCUGCAGCUGAGCUCGGACACGCUGGCCCAACGGUCAUCUGAUGGGCUUGUCUUUGUCUUGUACCUCACGCAGUCGGAUUUCAACGCCAUCGUGCAAGACCCGAGCUUCUGCGUUUCGCGCGAGACGACUUUCGUGUCGUUGUCCUCGAGUGCGUUCAGCGAUGUGACGGGCAACCCUGUGCAUGCGAUUGAAGCGCCUAUGCUCGCCUUGCAGGUGUCCCAGUUCACAGCGGACAUGCAUCGCCCCAUCUUGCUAGAGGCCGCAGCCAACAUGUCCAGCGGCGUGAUCACGGUUCGGUUUUAUGAGGUGGUUAACGCGUCCACGCUUGCCGGCAGCGCCCUUCGCUUGCACAACGACGGUAACAGCAGCAGCGCCGCUGGUGCGGUUGUCGAGCUUCCGUUGCUCACGAGCGAAUCGCUGCUCAGCUACGAAGACAGCGACACUCUGGAGAUUGCUCUGUCAUGGGACGACCUCAACACGAUCAAGGCCCAGCCGCUGCUCCUGACACAACAGGACAACAGCUUCUUGUCCUGGACCAGUGCGUUCGUCCAAGACAUGAACGGCAACGCCGUCGUGCCAAGCCAGGAUGCCGGUGGUCCGUUGAGGGUGGCGUCGUUUGUCCCAGACACAGUCAGCCCACAGCUGCUGCGGUUUGAGCUGGACAUGUCCGCGCUGCGUCUCACGCUGUGGUUUGACGAGACGGUGAACCUCACCUCUGUGCAACCCGGCGAGGCAUGCAUCCAACCCGUGCGCGUCAACUUUGGGCAGGCGCCCUGCGUCUCCCUGGGGCUGACUGGCCCCGCGAGCCUGAACGGAUCCGCUGCCGCCUUCACCCGCGUUCUCGACCUCAGCGCCACGGACCAGGCUGGCUUUGGCGUGUACCGGCCGGCCUUCACACUGGCGCUCGGGCGGGAGGUCGCCAACCAGCUCCGUGUUCUCGAGGGCACGGCCGUCUCCCUCAACACCACGCGCCUCGUGAUGAACGACGCCUUUGUCAGCGACACCGCCGCAAACCUGUGUGAGCCAAUCACCCGCUCUGCGGCGCGCCUUGCCGACAACUUCACCGAGGACACGGUGCUGCCCCAGCUCGAGUGGUUCGAUGUUGACAUGGACGCUGCGCGGGUGCGCCUCUACUUUGACGAGACGGUCCGCGCCAACACGCUCAACGUGUCCCGCGUGCAUCUGUUUGUACCGACACCGCCGGAGUCAAGCAACACGGCAGCUCCCGCGCUCACCACUCUGGCGGGCUCAACCUGGGACAAGGACACAAACUCGCCCAUGCUCACCCUCACCCUCCCCCACGAGGUGAUGAAUGAGCUGAAGCGGAAGCAGAUUUGCCGAGGCGCGUCGCGCUGCUUUGUCAGCCUUGACGCCGAGGCUGCGCGCGACAUGCGGGGCAACCCAUCCGUGGGCCUUGAUCGUCCGGCCGCAUUCCGUGCCUUGGACGUGCUCCCUGACGUCACGUCUCCAAAGAUGGAGCGCUUCGACCUGGACAUGAACGCGCUCACGCUCACCAUGUACUUCUCUGAGACGGUGGACGCCUCCAGCCUGCGUGCGGACCAGGUCCGCUUGCAAGACUUCUUCCGCGGCAGCAACUGGUACAACCUGACUCAGGGCAGCGCGCUGCUGGACAUUGCACCCCGGAACGACUCUGACGUCCUUGUGCUGCAUCUGUCUCGUGCAGACGCAAACGCCCUCAAGGAAAACGCGUGGGUUGCGACGUCACAGGCCGACACGUGGCUGGUGCACUCCGAGCUGGCCUUUGCCGACCUUGCCGCGGAACCAAACUCUGCCGUCCCCAUCCGUAACAACGUGGACAUCUUCUCCUCGCUCUCUGUGCACACGUACACGCCUGACACGACGCCAGCCCGCCUCCUGUCGUACGCGCUGGACAUGGACCAGCUGCUGCUGGCCUUGACGUUUGAUGAGGCUGUGCAGAUUGAGACGGUGAAGCCAGAGCUCGUGUCACUGGCUGGGCAGCACACAGGCAACAGCACAACUGCCAGCGUUGCGCUGAGCAGCAGCGAAACUCUGCUGCAAGGCAGGCCACUGCUCACGCCCGAGGUGAACAUCAGCAUCAGCUUUGCCGAUGCCGUGCAGCUGCAGGCGCUGGAUGACGUGGCAACCUCUGCUCUUACCACGACCAUCGCCAUGACCGCAGGCGUGGCGCGCGAUACGGGCAACCUCGGCAUUGUGCCCGUUGCCCACACGGACAACAUUCAGCCAGCCGCCUUUGUGGCCGACGCACAUGCACCAGUCCUGUUGCAGGCGGAGCUGGACGUGGACGGGGGCGUGCUGCUGCUCACCUUUGAUGAAGUCGUGCGCAAGCGCGACCUGGACAUGGUUCGUCUGGGCGUCGCCGGUAACAAUGGCGCCGCAGUCAAUCUGACGAGCAGCAGCGUCGCCGCAGCAGCAGCAGCAAACAGCACCGCUGGUGUUGUUGACGCUUCGUACCUGGCGGAGGCCGUACUGAGCGUUACAACGGCCGGUCGGUUGGUGACGAACACGUCUUUCACCGCCCACCCUGCUCUGCCGAGUGACUACAUUGUGGUGAUUCGCCUUGGCGCACACGAUCUCAACCGCAUCAAGGCGCUGGAUGACCUGUGCACCUCCAGUGAAAACUGUAACGUCGCCAUGUACCCGGGCUUCGUUGCGGACAUGGCGGAAAACGAUGCCGGCGUGCAAGGGCCCUUGGCUGUUGCCAAGUACAGGCCGGACGGAACCACGCCGAGUCUGCUUCGAUCCAGCCUCGACAUGGAGACGCGCACGCUUGUGCUGACAUUCUCAGAGGCCGUGCGCCUGUCCGCGGUGGACAGCACCAGGGUGCGACUCUUCAACGGGCUGCCAACCGUGCAUCCAUUCCACGUCUCCCUGGCACUGAGCAACGCUACCGUGGUCACGGUGGACACGUCCGCGUUCCUGACCUCCGCUGCUGCUUUCGGGAGCGACUCCCUAUCAGUGGCAGCAGCGGCAGCCGCACACACGGCCGGCACGGCCAUCGCAUUCCACCUGACAUAUGAAGACAUCGUGACGCUGCAGCGCGUGCCAGAGCUGGCCGCAACACAACGCCCCUCGUACGUGUCACUGGAGCAGGGUGUAGCGCAGGACAUGCGGCAGAACCCAAGCAAUGCUGUGCGGGACUUUGAGCAGUUCCCCGUCCAGCUCGUGGUUGCCGAUGAACAAGGCCCACAGGUCCUUGAAUUCACGCUGGACAUGGACGCGGCUCUCCUGACCAUCACCUUUGAUGAGGUUGUGAACGUGAGCAGCAUCAACCGGUCGGCGAUUGUGCUUGCCGCUGGCGACAACAGCGGCAGCGCUGCGUCGCUGCAGCUUGGCUUGGAUCUCGAGGACGUUGCCGUGAAGUCGGCACGUCUUGGGCUGCAGUCACCACCAGAUACGCUGGUGCUGCCGCGCCUGAGCUUCGGGGGAGAUGAGCUGCCGACGGGGGAUGACGACGUCGUCACCGUGCAGCUGAGCGCGCUUGAGACAACCAUGUUGCAGGCAAGUGCCAUGUUUGCCGACUCGCUGUCCACGACAUGGAUGCGCGUGCUGCCGAUGCUUGCGGCCGACAUGGAAAGCAAUGCCCUGUCUGCCACAAGGACGCUGCGCGCGAGCGCCUUUGCUUCGGACGUCACACCGCCGAACCUCGUCGGCCUUGAGCUGGACAUGGUGACCACCGUGCUCACACUGACGUUUGAUGAACCCGUGAACGCGUCCUCGCUCUCCGUCGGCGCCGGCACUCUGUGGUCGAGAGCGGCCGAGAACGCGGGCGGCGAGAUAGACGCAGUGGGAACGGCCGUGACCCUUGACGGCGCCGUGCUGAGCACCUUCAACCUCUCACGCGUGCUCACUGUCGCCGUUGGGGAGCAAGCGCUGGUCGCACUUCGCCGCACAGAGCACCUGGCCACAGCCGAGGCCACAUCGCAGCUCAACAUCACCCAGCAGUUCAUCCGCGACAACGCCAUGCCCGGGAACAAGGUCGUGGCUGCCUCGCUGCAGGCAGCGGCCUUCCGCAACUACCGGGCACCCCAGGUGGCGGAAGUCGCGCCAAGACAGGGAGCGUUGCAGGGCGGUGCGCGCGUGAUUAUUCGCGGCCAGGACUUUGCGCAGCUCGACCUCCGACGCCUGUCGCCGUACCACCCGUCGGCGCAGCUGCCCAUCAGCGUGCGCUUCGAGGCGCGCAACUUCGCGGCCGGCAUGUGGGCCGCGUACGCGCACGACGUCCUGGUGCUCAACGACACUGCACUACAAGCCACCGUCCCGGUUGCGGAUGCUGCUGUUCUGAACAGCACUGUGCCUGUCCUGGUGGACGUGCGCGUCAUCGCGGACAACGGCAGCGUGAGCGGUGUUCUGGCGUCCGGCUUCGAGUACCUGCCGGCGCCGGUCAUCACGCGAGUUCGCCCCCUCGCUGUCACCGAGCAAGGCGGCACGAGCCUGACCAUUGAGGGCCACAACUUUGGCCUGCCAACCUUCUUGCCGCUGUCUGAUGCGGCACUGCUUCCCGUGGACCCCUUCCCGCCAUCCCUGGAUGCCGGCUUGCCCGCAUACGGCGACGCGGCGCAGGAGACGGCCAACUGGCUUGCACCGCCACUGGCAGUGUACGUUGGGAAAGAUGAGUGCCUGCACCCGCGAGUCGUUGCCUUGCACAACGCCGAUACCAACAACACCAGCAACAACGCCAGCAGUGACGGCAUCGUCGCAAAUGCAACUGCCAGCGUGGUGGUGUGCACGAUGCCGAAUGUGACAGGCAUCGCUGGCAGCGAACCCCAAGUGACGGUGGUGGUGGAUGGCGCAAGUGGCAUGUCGAGCGAACGAGUCCGCGUGUUGGGCACUCCGGUUGUCAGCGGCGUUUCGCCCAACGCCACCUUUAGCGAGGAGGCUGAGCGGGUGACCAUCUUUGGCCGGUGGUUCGGCCCGAGCACCGUGAGCGGCGAGGGUCCCGAUGUCGAGGCGUUUGUGGCUGGGCGGCCCUGUGGCAACGUAGUGGUGCUCAACGACACGGCGCUUGAGUGCGAUGCGGCGCCCUACCUUGGCCCAGCCAACAUCACCGUCAUUGCGGACGGCGUGCAGAGCGAGCCAAGCGACACCCGGCUGCUGUAUUUGGCCAGCGCCGGGGUGUUCAGCUUCAGCGCGCGCACGUACUACGUGUCGGAGGACAGCGUGGAGAUUGCGAUUGAGCUUGUACGCAACAUGAGCAACACCUCCUACGUGUACGCCAGCCCAACGGAGGUGACUGUGGCCGUGCGCAACGGUACGGCAACCAGCCCCGCCUACUUCCUUGCGGAUGAGCGCGUUGUGAGCUUUGGCGUGGCGCAGAUGUCGCGCACGUUCAAGGUGGCCAUCACGGCGGGAUCGCGGACUCAGAUUGGGCCGCGCAAGGGCUACCACGACGAUGCGACCGUUGAGCUGGCAAUCACGGCCGUCGUGGCGCAGGAAGGCAUUGCAGCCAUUGGCACCGGGCGAUCGCAGGUUGUCAUUCAAGCGCGAUGCGAGGCGCUUGUCUCGGGCUGCACCGCGGUGAUGUCGCUGGAUGGCUCGCUCAGUUACACGCGUGACCCUGCUGUCACCAUUAGCCCGUGA